UCCGGCGGCCGCCGAGGGAGGGACGGCCCGGCCGGAGCCGCGUGUGAGCAGCGCCGAGGCUGUGGGUGCCCGCCCGCCCGCCGGCCCCGGCCUGCCCGCCCGGCGCCCCCCGCCCGCAGGAUGUUCAAGAAAUUUGAUGAAAAGGAGAAUGUAUCAAACUGUAUCCAGCUGAAGACUUCAGUUAUUAAAGGUAUAAAGAAUCAACUGAUAGACCAGUUUCCUGUUAUUGAACCAUGGCUAAACCAAAUCAUGCCAAAGAAAGAUCCAGUCAAAAUAGUAAGAUGUCAUGAACAUAUAGAAAUCCUCACUGUGAAUGGGGAAUUGCUGUUCUUCAGGCAAAGAGAAGGCAUUUUUUACCCGACGCUAAGGUUGCUUCAUAAAUACCCAUUUAUUCUCCCGCAUCAGCAGGUUGAUAAAGGUGCCAUUAAAUUUGUCCUGAGUGGAGCUAAUAUAAUGUGCCCUGGCCUGACGUCUCCUGGAGCAAAGCUUUACCCUGCUGCUGUUGACACUGUUGUUGCAAUAAUGGCAGAGGGGAAACAACAUGCAUUAUGUGUGGGAGUAAUGAAGAUGUCAGCUGAGGACAUUGAGAAAGUCAACAAAGGGAUUGGUAUUGAAAAUAUCCACUAUUUAAAUGAUGGCCUUUGGCACAUGAAGACAUACAAGUGAAACAACAGGAACUGUUACUCCAAAGGAAUGCACUUAGAUUAAAUGUGGACUGCUUUGUAAUUCCUUGUUUUUAAUGUGACUGAAUGUACAAAUUAUUUUGUUCUGUGGCUAUGCUAAAUAAAUCAAUUGAAUGCAAAAGUA